CUCGUGCUCUAGGCCUACAUGGUUUUGUGGUUAUUUUAGUUGGUGCUUUGAGAUUUUUGAUCACAUUUUAUUAAUUACCUUAAUUUUAGGACUGAUCAUUCCCUCAUAUUAUCAAGAAUUCACUUUUACUUUGUGAAAACCGUUGAGGGACUAGUCAUCAAUCAUCCAGGAUUAUUUCGAGUAAUCAAAUCCCGAUCCCUCUUGAACAUUCAUUGCAAAGAGUGGAUUAGUAAAGGGCAAAAUCGGCACUUCGGAAAUGAAAACUACGGCCGCAUUAAAGAGGCAUAGUGAGGCAGAGAGAAGGAGAAGAGAGAGAAUUAACGCACACUUGCAAAUCCUCCGUGAUCUUGUGUGCACCAAAGAAAAGAUGGACAAAGCCACAUUACUGGGUGAAGUGGUGAGCCAGCUAAAAGAAUUAAAGACAGCUGCAAAACAUGCCACGGAAGGCUUGAAUAUCCCAAUCGACACUGACGAUGUCAAUAUCGAAAUGAUCAAUGGUCUGUUUUAUAUAAGGGCAUCGAUUUGCUGCGAUUACGGGCCUGAAUUGUUGUCGGGUAUAAAAGAAGCCCUCAUUGAUCUACCUUUUCGACUUUCUGAGUGCAAGAUAUCGACAUUAGGUGAUAGAGUUAAAAUUGUUUUAAUAAUGAGUAAAGGCGAAAAGAAGGAGGAUACUGAAUUGCUCGUGACUUCUCUUCGUGCAGCAUUAUGCGAUAUAAUCAAGAAGGCGUCAGCUCUGGCUGAGUACCCUCGGCAGUUGCAUUUUCCGCUUAAGAGGCAACGGGUUUUGUAUGACUGAAAUUCUAUAAAAUUUUAUAGAUGUCAGGGUGUUAUUUAUGCUCGAUUUUUUUUUUUGUGUGUGGAAUUUUAUCACAUGGUUUUUCAGUUGUACAUAUUGUUUAUCUAAGAACAUAUUGUAUGCAUGUGUAAUAGUGAUACAUGAGCGUGUCGUGUGUUGCUUUUUAGAAAGCCUAAUUUAAGGUAUGCA